CUUUUGUGCUUUCUAAACAGAACCAAAACCAGUCUAUGCACAGGCGGGUCAGCCAGAUGUGGAUUUACCCGUUAGUCCAUCCGAUGGCCCUCUUCCAAACUCAACCCAUGAAGAUGGAAUGCUUCGGCCAAGCAUGAAGCUUGUGAAAUUCAAAAAAGGAGACAGUGUGGGCUUGCGGCUGGCUGGUGGCAAUGAUGUCGGGAUAUUCGUAGCUGGUGUUCUAGAGGAUAGCCCUGCUGCCAAAGAAGGCUUGGAAGAAGGAGAUCAGAUUCUCAGGGUAAAUAACGUAGACUUCACAAAUAUCAUCAGAGAGGAAGCAGUACUGUUUCUGCUUGACCUCCCUAAAGGGGAAGAGGUAACAAUUUUGGCACAGAAGAAAAAGGAUGUUUAUCGGCGCAUUGUGGAGUCAGAUGUAGGAGAUUCAUUUUAUAUAAGAACUCAUUUUGAAUACGAGAAGGAAUCUCCCUACGGGCUUAGCUUCAACAAAGGAGAGGUGUUUCGAGUGGUGGAUACAUUAUACAAUGGCAAGCUUGGAUCCUGGCUGGCUAUUCGGAUUGGCAAAAAUCACAAAGAGGUGGAAAGAGGCAUUAUACCCAACAAAAACAGAGCUGAGCAGCUGGCUAGCGUGCAGUACACCCUUCCAAAGACAGCUGGCGGGGACCGUGCAGAUUUCUGGAGGUUUCGGGGCCUACGUAGCUCGAAAAGAAACCUCAGGAAAAGCAGAGAGGACCUUUCUGCCCAGCCAGUUCAGACCAAGUUUCCUGCAUAUGAGAGAGUUGUUCUUCGAGAAGCUGGAUUUCUCAGGCCUGUAACAAUCUUUGGACCAAUUGCAGAUGUUGCACGGGAGAAACUGGCAAGAGAAGAACCAGAUAUUUAUCAGAUUGCAAAAAGUGAACCAAGGGAUGCUGGUACAGACCAGCGUAGUUCGGGCAUUAUUCGUCUGCACACAAUCAAACAGAUAAUUGACAGAGACAAGCACGCCUUAUUAGAUGUCACUCCAAAUGCAGUGGACCGUCUGAAUUACGCACAGUGGUAUCCCAUUGUGGUGUUCUUGAACCCUGAUUCAAAGCAGGGCGUAAAAACUAUGAGGAUGAGGCUCUGUCCAGAAUCCCGGAAAAGUGCCAGAAAGUUAUAUGAGAGGGCCCACAAGCUACGGAAAAACAACCACCACCUCUUCACAGCUACUAUUAACUUGAAUUCAAUGAACGAUGGCUGGUAUGGAGCUCUUAAGGAAGCGAUUCAGCAGCAGCAGAAUCAGCUGGUGUGGGUUUCAGAAGGAAAGGCAGAUGGUGCUACUAGCGACGACCUCGACCUCCACGAUGAUCGCCUGUCCUACCUGUCGGCUCCAGGCAGCGAGUACUCCAUGUACAGCACAGACAGCAGACACACCUCCGACUACGAGGACACAGACACAGAAGGCGGGGCCUACACGGACCAAGAGCUGGACGAGACGCUCAACGACGAUGUCGGGACUCCUCCUGAAUCAGCCAUUACGCGGUCCUCUGAACCCGUGAGAGAAGAUACAUCAGGGGUGCAUCAUGAUAGUCAGGCAUACGUUCCUUAUGCUGCUGCUCAAGCUCAACCACAACCAAACCACCGGAUAGAGUCUCCUGGGUUUAAAACAAGUGCUGCUCAACCGAAAGCAGAAGCCUCACCUGCAGCCCCCUACCUUUCCCCGUCGCCAGAAACAAACCCUUCAGCCUCAUCAACUUCUGCUGUUAAGCCCAGUCUAAGCCUCACUAAUGUCAGGCUGGAGGAGCCUGGCAUGGCUUCUUACAACUCCUACCAACCACAAGCUGGCCCCCUCAGAACGCCUGGCACUGAGGCACCUCACAUAAUGCUCAGAGAACAAGAGCCGCCGUCCUUAUCGCCGCAUAUAGAUCCAACAAAGAUGUACAGGAAGGACCCAUUCAGCAAUGAGGAAGCCCCUCGGCCGAACUAUGUCUUGAAGCAGCCAGCCCAGAGGCAGGAGAAGGACUCCAAUCUGACCUAUGACCCUCAGGCCCAGUACACAGAGAAGCAAGCUAGCAGAGAUUAUGAGUCACUGGCCUACAGGUAUGACUCAUCAAACUACGUAGACCAGUUUCCUCGUGGCUACGACCCUCGUCUUCAUUACGAGGAGCGUGUCCCUCCCUAUGAUGACCAUUGGACCUAUUACGAUGAGAACCAGCCCUAUCAGCCCCGGCCACCUUACAGCAACCAGCCUCCCAGAGAGUUUGAUCCCCGGCAGAACAUAGAAGAGAGCACAGAACACAGCUGCUACUUUCCAGCACAACCUCGCUUUGAAGAGCCGCCUCCCCUGGCUUACGACAACAGGCCCCGCUAUGAGCAUGCAGCUAAAAACUUCAACGCCACUCAGCUGAGGUAUGAAGAGCAACCCACUGCUGCGUAUGAGGUUCACGGAAGAUACAAAACAGAGACUCAAGCCUUCCCCCCAGCAGUGCCCAGAUCCCCUGAGCCCAAGCAUUACUUUGAGCCCCAGCCCAGAGGCUUUGAGCAAGGCCCCCCGCAAGGGUUCAGCGCAAAAGUGGGACAGUACGAGCCUCCUCACAGCACUGCGGGUGCACACCCUCCCCUCCCAUUGCAAAGUAAACCAGAAGUUCUGCCUGCCAACAGUAAACCACUGCCUACCGAACCAGCUGAGGAAGAAGAUGACCCAGCCAUGAAGCCGCAAUCAGUGCUGACAAGGGUUAAAAUGUUUGAAAACAAAAGAUCGUCAUCACUGGAAAAAAUUAAGGACUCCAAUGAUGUUCCAGUAGUCAAGCAACCUCCAGAGCUUGCACCUAAACCUAAUAUCGCCCCAAUGAGUGGUCCGAAAACAGUCUCCCAAAAUCAAUAUGAGCAUGAGAAGCCAGCUUACAGGGCACCAGAACCACAAAGACCUCAAGCAAAGCCCCCUGAGGACAUCGUUCGGGCAAACCACUACGACCCUGAGGAGGAUGAGGAAUACUAUCGCAAGCAGCUCUCCUAUUUCGACCGUCGGAGUUACGAAAACAAGCCUGCUGCACAGGUCCCUGCUGGCCACCUGCCUGAGCCUGCUAAACCAGGCCAUCUCCAUAAUCAGCUGAAUUACACAAACUACCCUUCAAAGGGGAAGCCAGUAGACGUGGAGCCUCUGGACAGGGCUGUUGGCGAAAAGCGCUACGAGCCAGUUCCUCAAGUGACAGCCCCUCCCCCUGCACCCCCCGGGCAGUACACCCAGCCGCAGCCUGUGAAUAACCCCAUUGUGUCUCUGCAGCCCAAGUCCACACUUGCGGAAGUCAACUCUGUGUCAGACUUUCAGAAUUCCACCCUGUCCAAGCCCGAGCCGCCUCCGCCUCAGAACAAGCCAGCUGCUUUCCGGUCUGCCAGCCGAGAAGACACCGUGCAGUCCACUUACUACCCUCAGAAAAGUUUCCCUGACAAAGGCCCAGUGAAUGGGACAGAGCAGAUCCCAAAGACGGUCACCCCUGCUUAUAAUCGCUUCACAACAAAACCUUACACAAGUGCUGCCCGGCCGUUUGAACGCAAGUUUGAAAGCCCAAAGUUUAACCAUAACCUCCUGCCAGACGAGAAUCUGCAUAAGCUGGAGUUGCCAUCCAAAUCCCAAAAUUCUCCCCAGCCAGUUUUAAAAGCACACAGCUCAGCUCAACCCCAGUCCGAGUUUGACAACACAAUGGAGACGUUCUCUGUCCAGGCCGACAAACUCAAAUAUCAACCAAAUAACAUCAACGCUGUGCCUAAAGCCAUUCCCGUCAGUCCCUCUGCUUUGGAAGAUGACGAUGAAGAGGAUGGACACACUGUAGUAGCCACAGCAAGGGGAGUUUUUAACAGCAACGGUGGCGUGCUCAGCUCCAUAGAGACUGGCGUUAGCAUUAUUAUACCACAAGGAGCCAUUCCAGAGGGGAUAGAGCAAGAGAUCUAUUUCAAGGUCUGCCGAGAUAACAGUAUCCUCCCUCCUUUAGACAAAGAGAAAGGUGAAACGCUGCUCAGCCCUUUGGUCAUGUGUGGGCCCCAUGGACUAAAAUUCCUGAAGCCUGUGGAGCUGCGCUUGCCACAUUGUGCGUCUAUGACCCCUGAUGGUUGGUCUUUUGCUCUAAAAUCCUCCGACUCCUCGUCGGGUGAUCCCAAAACCUGGCAGAACAAGUCUCUUCCUGGGGAUCCAAACUAUCUUGUUGGAGCAAAUUGUGUUUCGGUUCUGAUAGAUCACUUCUAACCCUUACGUUAGCAGACCAAACCAAGAUUUUAAAAGCAAAGCAAAACAAAAACACCUUGCCUAGAAACUGAACCAAUCUUUUUUCAAGUAUUAAGAGUUAUCUUAGUGUUAAGCAAUCUUUGCUUUGACUAACAAUGGAUAAUGAGUACGUUCCUGAACCAUGGUCAGGGUUUAUGCUAUUAAGCAGCAGGGCAGAUCAGCCAGGGACCAAGGCAAGGUUCUUAUGGGUUCCCUCUGGCUUUCCUUAACUGGACACUUCUAAGGCAUCAUAGCUUAAAACUCACUGAACUACCACUGAAGCAAUGCAAUUCAUUAUUAUUUUCAGAUGGCAUUUAGUUAGCGUUCCACUACUGAAUUAGGUCUUUUUUCUUUCUAAAGCUUUUUCCCCCUCUCUCUCUUUUUUAUAUAAACAAAACACUUUAAUAUGUGUGUUCAGAAUAUGCAAAGACUCUUUUUCUUUUUUAAAAAACAAGCAACUUUUUUGAUGCAUUUUGCCCACAAAGUGGAAAUUAAAAAAUUGGCCAGCACAAUAUAGAAAAUCCCCCCUCUGUUGAGAAGGGAGAGUUACAUGCACGUCUACUUUGAUUGUACAUGAAACACACUUUUUCCCCCUUUUGUUAUGGGGAAAGAGCGCAUGUGGUAUGACUAUGGUUCAUUUGCCUCUGUGGAUCUGUAAAUUAACCACAUCUACAACAGACACGUUAACCAGCAGCCUUACCCUCAUGUUUUUACUAGUCUUAGCUGUCAUCGUAGUUCUCCGUACUACUAAGUUUGUAUGGCUUCUGUGCUUACUUAGAUUAAUACAUAUUGAGAGGGGUUGAAAAAUUAAUUCAUUUUGUGAACUUGCUGGUUUAGAGAAAGAGGGAGAGAACUAGGCACACUUGUUUUUGUGUGGAUCAACCAGAGGGGAAACCUGAAGAACAUGGUGGUAUGUUUUCUGCUAUGCAUUUUGAAAAUUUAUAGAUGUUAUAGAUUGCUUGUAUAUAACUCGUGCAGACCACUUUUGUUCUUGGUUUGUAAAUUAACUUUUAUAAGCUUUACCUUUUUUAUAUAUAUAAAUAUAUAUAAAAAUACAAAACAAACGUUUCUUAAUAUCUUUGUAUUCUCAUACCUUUUGAGCCUUGAACUUUGACAUCUUGCAGCAAUAAAGCAGCAUUUCUACAGUACGUGAAAACAAGGACUUUUUAAAAAAAGAAAAUGCACAAAGUUAUUACCUUUUUAAGUGCUGCAUUUAAAGACUAACUCAGAAGUCUAUAGUUUGAUUACAUUCUUGGAGAAUAAAAGUAUCCCUACUGUAAUUUGUGAUAAGGAUGCUGUACUAUGUGCCCUGAAAUGUAUUUUUUUACUAAUAGACAAUUUAUUAUGGCACAUCAGCACUAUCUCUGUUUAGAUAAUAUUCCACUGCAUUCUGUUAAUCAGUUAUUUAGCUAUUCAGGUGUGGCUGAUUUUUUUCUUUCUUUGCCGUUAUUAAAAAUUACACAUUUCUAAGUAUACAGAAUAAAAACUGUUUUUAAAAUAAUA